CCCCUGCUUGCAUCGCCCCCACCCCACACCCGCCUGCAUGACGCGGCCACGCGCCAGAAGCUACCAAACUGCAAGCAUUGUCCGGAUCCAACUGCACCUUCAGUGCUUGGCCCCGGUUGGGUAGCAACAGGAGCCCUUUCGGUGCAUGCGGCUCAUAAAACAGCUAGCUCACAGGCCAAAUGGGAUUGCAGCCUAUCUGUGUGCGCUCACAAGACAAACAGCCCCAUUCUAGCUUGAAUUGAGAGAUAAAGUGGUAGAGGAGCUAGGAGCUUCACCUGCAUUCCUUGGCUUCUUUUAUCUAGCUUGAAUUGAGAGAGUGUGGAGUGUGGGAUCGAACAGCCAUGGAGAGCAGAGGGAUGCUGCUGCUCUGCUGCUGCGUCGCGAUGGUAGUGCUUGUGCUUCUCUCUGGAGAAUGCCAGGCCAAUUAUUAUUACGUGACGUCUCCGGGGCCAACCCCGCCACCAACCAGCUCGUCUGCUGUUCCACCGGCCAUGCCCACCACCUUCCCUAUGUACGGUGUCACCCCUGGCAGCCUCAAGCCCAGAGAGUGCGGUGGCCGGUGUGCGGCGCGGUGCUCGGCGACGGCGUACCGGAAGCCGUGCCUGUUCUUCUGCCAGAAGUGCUGCGCGUCGUGCCUGUGCGUGCCGGCGGGCACCUACGGCAACAAGGAGUCCUGCCCCUGCUACAGCAACUGGAAGACCAAGAGGGGAGGCCCCAAGUGCCCCUAGGAAGCCGGCGCCAUGGAUUCACUGUAACUAAUAAACCAGCAAGUAUCUCACUUGCUGCGCGAAAUUCCUGACGAAAAGAGGACGACCACGAUCCAAAUAUCGUUCUUGACAAAUCUUUGACACUGAAAACUAGUGUAUGACGGUGGCAGUUUAAAGGGUUAAUUAGAUCCAUAUCAUUAUAAAUUUGCAGAAAUAAAAAAAUAUCACUAUAAAAACCGAAAUCAGGCUAAUGCCAUUAUAACUUUGCCUGAUUUUGAUUCAUGCCAUUAUGUAUGUAUCUAACGUUUUUGUUCCCACUUUCAGCAUUCCUUAUUUCCAUAUGGAAUGAAAUGCCCUCGUUCUACCUCCAUAAUCCUUGCACCCAUUAUCCACUCCCCUCUGGCUCUCUCUCCUCUCUCUCACUUCAUCAUUCUGGUUGCCGAGAGCAAGAAGCAGAGUGCCAAGCCAUCCUCGGAUCCUCUCUCUCCCCCCUCUCACUUCAGCACCUGCAAUACUAGCGUGACGCGAGGGAGCUACCAAGGGAGCAUAU